AGCGCUCGGGCGCACAGGGGCGGUGCGCGGGGCAGAGCUCCGCAGCGGCUGGCUGGGGUGGCGGCCCCGGCCCCUCAUUCCUGCGUGAGGAUGGCGGCCGCAGCGUCCCGGGGCCACCUGGGCUCGCCAACGAAGGCGGCUAGGCACUUGUCCCAAGCUGCCGCCUCAGUGCCAUGGACCCCUGUGCUGUGCGGCAGGAGCCCAGGCCUUCCCCUGAACCCGGACGGCUGCACUUUUGUGCCGAUCGCCCAGGGGAUCCCUCUGCAGGUGGACAUGGCCAUGGCCCUGCAGCGCGUGAGGAUUGCCGAGAAGUACGGGAAGAGCUACCUUUGCCUCCUGCAAGCGGUCUUCGUCGCAGAAACUGAGCUGCUCCUCCGUGUAAAGGACAUCAGUCAUUUCUUAAUGCAAGACAUCGCCUUUUUGUCUGGUGGCCGAGGAAAGGACAAUGCUUGGAUCAUUACGUUUCCAGAAAAUUGUAAUUUUAGAUGUAUACCAGAGGAAGUAAUAGCAAAAGUGCUCACUUACCUGACAUCUAUUGCAAGGCAAAAUGGAUCUGACUCCCGGUUUACCAUUAUUUUGGAUCGAAGAUUGGAUACCUGGUCUUCUCUCAAAAUUUCUCUCCAAAAAAUCUCAGCUUCCUUCCCUGGAAACCUGCAUUUGGUUUUGGUUUUACGUCCUACCAGUUUUCUUCAACGAACUUUCACAGACAUUGGAUUUCGAUUCAGUCAAGAGGAUUUCAUGCUCAAAUUACCAGUUGUUAUGCUGAGCUCAGUUAGUGAAUUGCUGACAUACAUUGAUGACAAGCAAUUAACCCCUGAGUUAGGCGGCACCUUGCAGUACUGCCACAGUGAAUGGAUCAUCUUCAGAAAUGCUAUAGAAAAUUUUGCUCUCACAGUGAAGGAAAUGGCACAGAUGUUGCAGUCCUUUGGAACUGAACUGGCUGAGACAGAACUACCAGAUGAUAUUCCUUCAAUUGAAGAAAUUCUGGCAAUUCGUGCUGAAAGAUAUCAUCUGUUGAAGGAUGAUAUUACAGCUGUAACCAAAGAAGGAAAAAUUCUGCUAACAAAUCUGGAAGUGCCUGACAGUGAAGAAGCUGUCAGUUCAAGACUAGAACGUCGUCAGCAAAUAACAGGGGACUGGCAAACUAUUAAUAAAUUGCUGACUCAAGUACAUGAUAUGGAAACAGCUUUUGAUGGAUUUUGGGAAAAACACCAAUUAAAAAUGGAGCAGUAUCUGCAACUAUGGAAGUUUGAGCAGGAUUUUCAAGAGCUUGUGACUGAAAUUGAAUUUCUAUUAAACCAACAAGCAGAGCUGGCCGAUGUAACAGGGAAUAUAGCUCAAGUAAAACAAAAAAUAAAAAAGUUGGAAAACUUAGAUGAAAACUCUCAGGAUCUGUUAGCAAAGGCCCGAUUUGUGAUAUUACAUGGACACAGGCUUGCUGCAAAUCACCAUUAUGCACUUGAUUUAAUUUGCCAGAGGUGCAAUGAGCUACGUUACCUUUCUGAUAUUUUGGUUAAUGAGAUCAAAGCAAAACGGAUACACCUCAGCAGGACCUUCAAAAUGCAUAAACUCCUCCAGCAGGCUCGUCAGUGCUGUGAUGAAGGGGAAUGCCUUCUAGCUAAUCAGGAAAUAGAUAAGUUUCAGUCUAAAGAAGAUGCUCAGAAAGCCCUCCAAGACAUUGAGAAUUUUCUUGAAAUGGCUCUACCCUUUAUAAACUAUGAUCCUGAAACCCUACAGUAUGAAUUUGAUGUAAUUUUAUCUCCUGAACUCAAGGUCCAAAUGCAGACUAUACAACUCAAGCUUGAAAAUAUUCGAAGUAUAUUUGAGAACCAGCAGGCUGGUUUCAGGAACCUGAUGGACAAGCAUGUGAGGCCAAUCCAAUUUGUGGUACCUACACCCGAAAAUUUGAUCAGAUCUAGAGCUCCAUUUUUUUCAUCUAAACAUGUGGGAGUUGGAUACUCUUUCUUUCAAGCAUGUAAACUUUUUUCGAAAGGGAAGAAGACUUGGAGACAAAAUCAGAGCAACUUAAAAAUUGAAGUGGUGCAUGAUUGCCGGGAGCAGAGAAGUUCUGGUCAAUCCUCCAGUUUGGACAAUGCUAAUAGCUUGGAUGUUUUAAAGAACCAUGUCCUAAAUGAGCUGAUACAGACUGAGAGGGUGUACGUUCGAGAGCUGUUUACUGUUUUAUUGGGCUAUAGGGCAGAGAUGGAUAAUCCAGAGAUGUUUGAUCUUAUGCCACCUCUCCUGAGAAAUAAAAAGGACAUUCUCUUUGGAAAUAUGGCAGAAAUAUAUGAAUUCCAUAACAGCAUUUUCAUGAGCAGCCUGGAAAAUUGCACUGACGCUCCAGAAAGAGUGGGACCUUGUUUCCUGGAAAGGAAGGAUGAUUUUCAGAUGUAUGCAAAAUAUUGUCAGAAUAAGCCCAGAUCAGAGACGGUUUGGAAGAAGUAUUCAGAAUGCGCCUUUUUCCAGGAAUGUCAAAGAAAAUUAAAACACAGACUUGGUCUGGAUUCCUAUUUACUCAAACCAGUGCAACGAAUCACUAAAUAUCAGUUACUGUUGAAGGAGCUAUUAAAAUAUAGCAAAGACUGUGAAGGAUCUGCUCAAUUAAAAGAGGCACUUGACACAAUGCUCGAUUUACUGAAGUCACUUAAUGACUCCAUGCAUCAGAUCGCAAUAAAUGGCUAUAUUGGAAACUUAAAUGAGCUGGGCAAGAUGAUAAUGCAAGGUGGAUUCAGCGUUUGGAUAGGGCACAGGAAAGGUGCUACAAAAAUGAAGGAUUUUGCUAGAUUCAAACCAAUGCAGCGACACCUUUUCUUGUAUGAAAAAGCCAUUGUUUUUUGUAAAAGACGUGUUGAAAGCGGAGAAGGAGCUGAUAGAUACCCGUCAUACAGUUUUAAGCACUGCUUGAAAAUGGAUGAAGUUGGAAUCACUGAAUAUGUAAAAGGUGAUAACCGCAAGUUUGAAAUCUGGUAUGGUGGGAAAGAAGAAGUUUAUAUUGUCCAGGCUCCUAAUGUAGAUGUAAAGAUGUCCUGGGUAAAAGAAAUAAGAAAUGUUUUGCUGAAGCAACAGGAACUUAUGACAGUUAAAAAACAAAAGCAACAGAAUCAGUUAACAGAACAGGAUCAGCUUUCUCCUCAGCAGAAUGAUGGAAAGCAGCAGGGAACUUUUAUAAGUGUCGAGGAAACCGAAUCAGAACACACUAGUGCUAUGGUGGAGGUCUGUGAGGCAAUCGUGUCAGUUCAGGCAAAAGCAAAUACAGUUUGGACUGAGAUGUCACAAUCUGCAGAAAUCCCUGAAGAGCCUGAGGAAUGGUCAAGCAACUAUUUCUACUCUACUUAUGAUGACAAUGAAGAAGAAGAUAGGCCCCUAAUGAAACCCGUGUCAGAGAUGGCUCUCCUAUUUUGAUGAAGCUACUAUGCAAAUGGCAAGUAGCUCUUUCCUGCCUGCUCCUCAGCCUAUUUGGAAAAAGUACUGCUCAAAAGACGUUCAGCCCAAAUGAUGUGGAUGUUGUUUUCAGGUUAAUUCCCCUGGACACACAAACAAUCAACAGCACAUAAUUAUUUCUUUUGUUUCAUUUUAUAAAAAUUUUAAUUAUACUCUUUCCUUUUAAAAUCAUGUAUUCAAUGUGUAAGAUAUUGUGCAGGAAAGAGUCCCAUCUCAGAAUACUUUUGGACUUGAAAAUAAUUUCUUUAUCUAUUUUAUAACCAAAUGCAAUCAGUGUGCCUUGUAUUAUUUAGCUUAUUAAUGAAUUAAGUUAAAAUUCUGGCUGCAAAAUGACUAAGGUCAAGUAAAGCACAACAUUAGGCUUUAAUAUGCUUUAAUUGGACCCAGAGCUUUUGUGCCCAUUAUUUUAACCUGUGUAAAACAAUGCAAAGCCCAGAAAUUAUUUUGGGGGCGUGAGUAAAUUUUGUUCAGGGCAACUGUCUUUUGUAUGUGCCAAUAUAAAAUUUUCAUGAAAAUAGUUUAUAAAUAAGAGUAUUUAAAAAUUAAUAUUUUCAUGCUUGUUUUCUCUGGAUUUAUGCUUAUAAUUCAUGUAACAAAUUGUGCUCUAUUAUUUUCUGUACAUUUCACGUUGUAAUUCUCUUUUUUCAAAUAAAAAUUAAUUCUUCAGGUUAAAUAAACAUAUGUUCUGCUCUUUUUUUUUCAUCACAAACUGCUCCAUGACUGUCUGUCCCUGCAAAGCUGCAGCUACCACAUUUGCCUUUGAAGUAAAGAGUGAAUUUUUCAUGUCACAGAGCAGGCAGUUAUACAAGUAGUUUUGCAGUCAA